CUUGAGUCGAAUGGACCAAUGGGCUUGACUUCCGAUGCAGAAUCCCAACGCGCUGAUCAUGUGUCCACCAAAGCAUCGAACAAGCCAUAGUCUCGAGCCGAGAGUUUACCAGCGUCUACAGUGUUGUUGUUGUUGUUGGCCUAUUACGCACGUCCUGGUAAGGGAGACCGCAAGAUGGAAGCGGAUGAGUCAGCUGCAAGCCUGCAGAGGGGCUUACAUCAUCUGCAGGGCCUCGCCGAUGAUCUUGUGUGGAGUGGAGUUACUCCGCGCGCAACAUCUUCGAGAUCCAGUCCUGCUGCUGACUGCGCUUAUCAUCAUCAGUUCCUUUCUUUCUUCCUUGCUCGCCUCCAGCUUUGGGACACGGAUCUUGCGUGGUUGAAAGAUCACUUUCUAUCUGCAUUACAUCCCUUCAAUCGCUUUUAGUUGUUAUAUCCUGGGGGCUCCUACGCCCCCCGCACUGCGAACGACGUGUGACCCUUGAGCUC